UUUUGCCGGAAGUCCCUGGUUGUUUUGGGUUUUCGCUCAGACCACGUGGAGCCAUAAGGUAGCUCCUGCAGCUUUAUAACCUCCUCACAGCUGUAACAGACGGUACCUGCAGCUUUUUACGAACCACGGACGGUCCUUACGGAGUUUUAGAGAGAUGUCAGCGGGAGGACAGACCACCAGGAGCCGGGACAUCCCCGCCGUCAGACGGGUCGCCAUCCACGAUGCGGCGCACAUGCCCCAGGAUUACUCCACGACCCCAGGGGGGACUCUGUUCAGCACCACGCCGGGAGGUACCAGAAUCAUCUACGACAGGAAGUUCCUCCUGCAGUGUCGGACGUCUCCUCUGACUCGGACGCCUCCCAACCUGCCUGACAUCCCAGGAGUCACCAGGCCGCUCAAACCUGACUCCCCGAGCAGCAGGACCGAGCCGGAACAGACGGCCAGCAGCAACACCAACCACAGCGAGAGCGCAGGGGAAGAUGCCCAGUUUGAAAUGGACAUCUGAAGAGAGGCAGCUGUCAGGAUUUAAAAGCACAAAAAAAGAUGUUCUUAGUUUUUGUUUACUGAGACAAAAAAAAACUUUUAAAAUGAGAAGCCAGUCUCUCUUACCUGUGUAAUCUGCUUUCAGAUUUCCUCUGAAAACCAGAUGUUUUUUUAAUGCCUAAUACGUGUCAACAUGUUGUAGUCUUUUACAACACCACUGAUUCUUCACUUUGAUGGCAUUUGUCUUUGUUAUGAUCUGUUUGACAAGCAUGUCAAGGUUUUGUUAAAAUUAAAUCAUGAAUAUUUUGUGUGA